GUCUGUGCGCAUGCGUGAUCCUGUACCUUCGCCGCCGCGCUGCAGGCGCCGUGUGUUUUACCUUCCCGUCUCCCUUUCUCCACGCGGGCGGGUGCGCGUACCCCGAGUUGUGGUCGCGCGCUCGGCCUUUCUGCUACCCGCUUGCCCUCUCACCAUGGCGGGCAUCCUGUUUGAGGAUAUUUUUGAUGUGAAAGACAUUGACCCGGAGGGCAAGAAGUUUGACCGAGUGUCUCGACUGCAUUGUGAAAGUGAGUCUUUCAAGAUGGACCUCAUUUUAGAUGUGAACAUUCAGAUAUACCCUGUAGACUUGGGUGACAAGUUCCGGCUGGUCAUAGCCAGUACCUUGUAUGAAGAUGGUACCCUGGAUGAUGGUGAAUACAACCCCACAGAUGACAGGCCCUCCAGGGCUGAUCAGUUUGAGUAUGUAAUGUAUGGGAAAGUGUACAGGAUUGAGGGAGACGAAACUUCUACUGAAGCGGCAACACGUCUAUCUGCCUAUGUGUCCUAUGGGGGCCUGCUCAUGAGGCUGCAGGGUGAUGCCAACAACCUGCACGGAUUUGAAGUAGAUUCCAGAGUUUAUCUGCUGAUGAAGAAACUGGCCUUCUGAACCACCCAGGAAGCCAACCUUGCUACUUAGUCUCUCAGGCCUUGGACAGUCACACAAGCCUGAGCAGUAUUUGCUGUUGUUCAUCUGUUCACUGUAGGUACAUCUUGAGGUCACCUGCACUCCGUGGGGAACUAACUUGCCUGUGAAAGACAUAGACCUGUGGAGGCCUUAAAAGGAAUCAGAAGUUGUUUUGUGUAUAUGAUUUUUUUUUUAAAUUAAACUCUACUUUU